GAUUGGUCAAUCGUCGGUGCCCGAUUUGUCCACAGACACCGGAUUGGUCCAGGGCCGAGACGCUCCGCACGCAGCGGCCCUCGGCUCCUCGCUCUGUCCUGCUGCGUUUGGCGGAGAGAGGAAGUGACCGAGCGGCCGCGGUGCGACCUGAGUGGCUCGUCCCCGCAUCCGUCACACGGAGCGGCUUCGGCGGACACAUUCAUUGGACGCUCCAGCCGUCUGACAACCGCACGUAACGUACAAUACAGCGCGGCGGCUCGAGGCUUAUUGGGCCUGCGCCGACAGAAAAAGAGGAGGUUCCCGAAUAGAGUCCUUUAUUUAUUUCUUUGUUUCCAGCGGGGAGAGAAAAAUAACAACAGCGACGCACGACCACAGCGACUUCAUUUAUCCAUUUGUUUUUGUCCGCGUACGCAAGAAAACUGGAUAAGACUACAGCGGUUGCUCGAAGGCCAAAGCCAAGAGGAGGAGGAUGAAGCGGCGCAAUGCGGACUGCAGCAAACUCCGACGGCCGUUGAAACGGAACCGAAUCACCGAGGGUAUUUACGGCAGUACCUUCCUGUACUUGAAGUUCCUGGUGGUGUGGGCACUGGUGCUAUUGGCAGACUUUGUACUAGAGUUCAGGUUCGAGUACCUCUGGCCAUUCUGGCUCUUCAUCCGGAGUGUCUACGACUCCUUUAGAUACCAGGGGCUGAUGCUGGAGAGAGGUGUCUGUCUGCCCACAGUGUCUCUAUGGAUACUGUUUGUGUACAUAGAGGCAGCCAUCAGAUUCAAAGACCUGAAGAACUUCCACGUGGACUUGUGUCGUCCGUUUGCUGCACACUGCAUUGGCUACCCAGUGGUCACGCUGGGCUUCGGCUUCAAGAGUUACGUAAGCUAUAAGAUGCGUCUCCGCAAGCAGAAGGAGGUGCAGAAGGAGAAUGAGUUUUACAUGCAGCUCCUGCAGCAGGCUCUGCCUCCAGAGCAACAGAUGCUUCAGAGGCAAGAGCGCGAAGCAGAAGAAGCAGCAAAAGGAAUAUCUGAAGUGGACACACCUCCAGUGUCACAGAACGGCGCCCCAGCCAAUAAAAAGAUAUCUGCACCACUGCCAGAACUAGAGUAUAAAGAAAAAGGGAAAGAGGGAAGGGGCGGCGGGGAGACUAAAAAGCAGCACAACAGCAACAGCAUCCUGCCAUCAUCAGUGGACACUAAACUCCAGGAGAUGGAGUAUAUGGAGAACCAUAUGAACAACAAGAGACUGGCCACAGAGCUGGGCAGUACAGAGAACCUGUUGCUCAAAGAGGACAACAAUUCAUCCUGCUCCUCCUCAUCCUCCUCCUCAUCCAAAAACUACAAAAACGCUAGCAGCAAUGCUGUAACACUCAACUCCUCGCCCCGCGGCCAUAGUUCUAGCAACGGCAGUGUUCCCUCCUCUGCACCAUCAUCCUCUUCUUCCUCGGGGAAGAACGAUAAGAAGAACAAGUUAUCGCUGGGAAAGGGGAUGUCGGGUGGCUCCCACAGGGAUCCCACGGACAACUGUAUCCCCAACAACCAGCUGAGCAAGCCAGAAGCCCUUGUUAGAUUGGAGCAGGAUGUUAAAAAGUUGAAGGCGGACCUGCAGGCCAGCCGGCAGGUAGAGCAGGACCUGCGCAGCCAGCUUGGCUCACUGGGCAGCGCCGAGCGCUCCAUACGCACUGAGCUGGGUCAACUGCGACAGGAGAAUGAGCUGCUGCAGAAUAAACUUCAUAAUGCUGUGCAGGCAAAGCAAAAGGACAAACAGGCCGUGGGCCAACUCGAGAAGCGGCUCAAAGCAGAGCAGGAAGCUCGAGCUACCGCUGAGAAACAACUCGCAGAGGAAAAGAAGCGAAAGAAGUUAGAGGAGGCCACAGCAGCCAGAGCAGUAGCACUAGCAGCAGCAUCCAGAGGGGAGUGCACAGACACACUGCGGCGGCGAAUCACUGAAUUAGAAACAGAGUGUAAGAAACUAACACUGGAUAUCAAGCUAAAGGAGGACCAGAUCCGAGAGCUUGAAUUGAAGGUGCAGGAGCUUCAUAAAUAUAAGGAGAAUGAAAAAGACACAGAGGUGUUGAUGUCAGCGCUGUCAGCCAUGCAGGACAAAACCCAGCACCUGGAGAACAGCCUGAGUGCAGAGACGAGGAUCAAACUGGACCUCUUCUCUGCACUGGGGGACGCCAAGAGACAGCUGGAGAUAGCACAAGGUCAAAUAAUGCAGAAAGACCAGGAGAUUAAAGACCUGAAGCAGAAGAUAGCUGAAGUGAUGGCCGUCAUGCCCAGCAUCUCCUACACAGCCGACACCAGCAGCAUGACCCCCGUGGCCCCCCACUACUCAUCCAAGUUCAUGGACACCAAUCCUUCCGGCCUCGACCCCAACGCCUCUGUUUACCAGCCACUCAAAAAGUGAACGCUUGGUCCCGCCCGCCCCUCCCUCCCUCCCCUCCAUCCAUACUCUCGUCAGUUUUUAUUUCACCUGCAGGCCCACCACCUUCCAAUCUGUUUGGCAUGUCUGCGGCUGAGAACGUUGUUUUUUCUUGGGGUUUUUUGUUCUCUCCUCGCCAGGUCAGAAGGAUGUUGUAUUGUGUGACUGUAUUUGUUGUAGUUAAAACAAAAGACAAAAAAAACUUGAAAUGGACAUGUCAACUAGGAAGUCCCAGAUUUUUUUUCUCUUAAGUGUCUAGUGAAACCUCACAGAAUCGGGUAUGUACCUACAUCUCAAGGUUGUUGCUCUCCCUUCCCCCCACUGCAACCUGAUACCUGCUCUUUGGUCCUGGGGAAUAGCUUCUUUUUUUUAGGUUGAUUUUUCCCUCCUAAAAUCACGAAGACAAGAGUUCUCCAUCAUCAUCAUACAGCCUGACUUGUAUCCCGGUUUCUUUGACAGAUUGUUUUUCUCACAAGGUAGUAAGGCAACAUCUGUACAACCAGAAGAAUGUAGUGCAAAGUUGGCACAGACUCUCUCCCCUGUUAUGUUUUAUUUAUUCUUUCUUUCCACAAUCGGACACCAAAUUAAACCUGCCCUCUGCUGCUUUGGGGUUUGCUGGUAAAUAGUUUAUUUUGUGGUUCUUCUCUUUUAAGAUUCAAGUGACGAUUUCAACAAGCUGGAAAAGAUCUCAUGUUGGAAACAGAAACAGACUUUGAAAAGAAACAAACCCCAGCAGCUCUAAAUGUUGGCUCGAUGUUCUGAAAGAGUUCUUGAGUUGAAGAAGUGCAGGAAGAGAAGACUGCAAGUGCACAGCUUCUCGGUACUCUGCAUCGUCUUUCUCCAGUUGUCAUGAUCACAGUGCCUUGAGUAGAGGACAUAAACUGAGAGAUAAUGAGACAUGACCCAGCACAAAUUAGUUGUGAAGCAUCUGGCUUAAGAUGGAUGGGAUAAUAAUCUAUUGGUCUGAUUUGGUUUUCUGGCCAAUUUCCUGGAGGGUUGCUCUGUCCCUUUGUUAUAGACAUCACUGCUAACAGAUAAAGUGGUACGCACCAAAACCAAAUCCAUUUCAUUGUACUCAUGUUUGCCUGUUGUCAGUAUAUUGGCAUGAUGUUAUCUACCACAGAGUCUACUGCACACAGGUCUCUAAAGAAGCUCAUCCAUACGGCUGUUAAACCCCAACUCCCUCAGUUGAAGCCAUCGCUCCCUCUUUUCUUUUUUUGAGUUUCAACUAAAAGUUGCACUGUAGAAAACACGCUGUUUGAAAGGGAAAUUUAUAAAGAUGGAUUGUGCAAUGUACACACAGCAUCGAAAAAUGCCAACUUGAAUAUUAACAGUUAAAUAUUAUUAUUUAUUAAUCUUCCACUUCAGUUCGUGUGCCAAGACUGGAAUGCUUGUUUCUUCUAGUAAUGUGUUCAAGAAUGUACCGCAAAUACAUUGGCUGACAUUUGUUCUUUUGUCAAAUAUCCAGUUGAAUAUCACUUAAUGGAAGUAUCUGUUCAGCAGGUAGAGAACGGCGGUCACCUGCCUGUAGUAGACUGUGUAGUUAAAAGUAAGGGACUAGAAAGUCAAAAAUUUCCUUUUGUGAAUGUUACAGUAUUUGCAACUGUCGGGCAAGUGGCUGUUUUUCUUUUUAAAAGCAGCUUUCUUUACUCCUGUUUCUGUUAUUAUGGUUAUUUUCCUGCAGGGAGAAAAUCGCUUGAGUCUGAUGUGGUUUCGCUGUCAUCUGAAAUGAUCACUGUUGUGCGUGUGGUUUUCACCUACUGUAUAGGGAGAAGCCCUUUUUUUUGCUCAGAAUGCUGACAUUGGCUCCUGGGAUGGAAAAAAAAAAAGAAGUUGUGAAAAUUACAGUUUAAUCAGUUGUUGGGUCAACGGAUAUUUGACAGUUAAGAGAAGUGUUUUGGUUUGUUUUUUGUUUUCUAUGCCCACAGUCGCUGCUCUGUUUCUCCCCAGGUCUGACCUUGGCUGUGCUCUCGCUCUGUGAGGUUUGCAAGGAAUAAACUUUUUUUUUUCUUGCAAA